AUGGGAGUACAAGGCAAUUGCAGUAGAAUGGAGGAAGAAGCUGGACAGCAAUUGAAAAAUAUAAUUUUUGCUUUUCAGACUUUCACGGCAUGGUGCAACUCCCAUUUGCGCAAGGCUGGAACAGGGAUUGAGGUGAUAGAAGAAGAUUUCCGCAAUGGGCUGAAGCUUAUGCUGUUGCUUGAGGUCAUCUCAGGGGAAACUCUCCCAAAACCAGACCGGGGAAAAAUGAGGUUCCACAAAAUAGCCAAUGUAAACAAGGCUCUUGAUUUCAUUGCCAGCAAGGGCGUGAAACUAGUUUCAAUUGGAGCUGAAGAAAUUGUUGAUGGGAACCUGAAGAUGACACUGGGUAUGAUCUGGACAAUCAUCUUACGUUUUGCCAUCCAAGACAUUUCUGUUGAAGAAAUGACUGCUAAGGAAGGUCUUCUCUUGUGGUGUCAACGAAAAACUGCUCCAUACAAGAAUGUCAAUGUUCAGAAUUUCCACACAAGUUUCAAGGAUGGUCUUGCCUUCUGUGCUCUUAUUCAUCGACAUCGACCCGACCUCAUUGAUUAUCACAAGCUGUCCAAAGAUAAUCCUUGGGAGAAUUUGAACCUUGCAUUUGAUGUUGCUGAGAAGUAUCUUGAUAUCCCCCGAAUGUUGGACCCUGAGGACUUGAUCAAUACCCCAAAGCCGGAUGAGCGAGCCAUCAUGACUUAUGUCUCGUGCUACUACCAUGCUUUCCAGGGUGCCCAGCAGGCUGAAACUGCAGCAAACCGCAUCUGCAAGGUCUUGCGGGUGAACCAGGAUAAUGAGCGUCUCAUGGAAGAGUAUGAGAGACUAGCUAGUGAUCUCUUGGAAUGGAUUCGACGAACACUACCCUGGUUGGAGUCUCGGGUGACGGAUAACACCGUUGCAGGGGCUCGAAAGAAAUUGGAGGAGUAUCGAGCGUACAGGAGGCGUCACAAGCCACCUCGUGUUGAGCAAAAGGCCAAACUUGAGACCAAUUUCAACACAUUGCAAACCAAACUUCGCUUGUCAAAUCGUCCAGCAUAUAUGCCCACAGAAGGAAAGAUGGUCUCAGUUUGCUAUUGUGCUUCUAUCUGUAGACUGGAAAGAUUGGAUCAUCUGGUGCAGAAGUUCAAUCACAAGGCAUCCAUGCAUGAAGAAUGGUCAGUAGGAAAAGAGGAUUCCCUGAAGUCUCAGGACUACCGACAAGUGCCUCUUCACGCUCUGAGAGCAAUGCGAAGAAAACAUGAGGCCUUUGAAAGUGAUCUUGCAGCUCAUCAGGAAAGGGUGGAGCAGAUUGCAGCCAUUGCUCAAGAGCUUAACACACUGAAGUACCAUGAUGUGGCUACAAUCAACAAGCGAUGCCAAAGAAUUUGUGAACAGUGGGAUCGGCUUGGGACCCUCACACAAGAAAGGAGGAAUGCCAUGACUGAUGCUGAGAAAGUGCUUGAGAGGAUAGAUCAGCUCAACCUUGAGUAUGCUAAACGUGCAUCACCAUUCAUGAACUGGUUGGAUGGGACACGAGAGGACCUGGUUGACACAUUUAUUGUGCACACCAUUGGAGAAAUUCAGAGCCUUAUUGAGGCUCAUGCACAGUUCAAGAAUACCAUCCCUGAGGCUGACAGAGAAUUUAACAACAUUGUCCAUCUCCAGCAAGAAUCUGAAUCCUUAGCUAAGCGCAAUGGUAUCAGUCACAUGGAGAAUCCUUAUUGUUCCAUCCAUAUCAGUGAUAUCACUAAGAAGUGGAAUGCAGUGAAACAAUUGAUACCACAAAGGGACCACAUUCUCCAGUCUGAAUUGCAGAAGCAACAAGAAUAUGAGAGCCUCAGGAGGCAGUUUGCAGAGAAGGCCAAUAUUGUGGGUCCCUGGAUGGAACGGCAGAUGGAUGCUGUCACCUCAAUUGGCAUGGGCAUGCAUGGAGCCCUAGAGGACCAACUCCACAAGUUGAAAGAGUAUGAGCAGGCAGUAUGUGCUUAUAAGCCUCACAUUGAAGAGCUGGAAAGGAUCCAUCAGGCAGUGCAAGAAAGCAUGAUCUUUGAGAACAGGUACACUCAGUACACCAUGGAAACUUUGAGAGUUGGCUGGGAGCAGCUCCUUACAUCCAUCAACAGGAACAUCAAUGAGGAGCAACUGAAUGAAUUCAGGGCCAGCUUCAAUCACUUUGAUAAGAAUCGUCAAGGAAGGCUUCCACCAGAAGAAUACAAGUCUUGUCUUGUCUCCCUUGGUUACAGCAUAGGCAAAGAUCGACAGGGUGAAUUGGACUUCCAGAGGAUUAUGUCAGUAGUGGACCCAAAUCGAUCAGGAUACGUGACAUUUGAUGCCUUCCUAGACUUCAUGACUCGGGAGUCCACAGACACUGACAGUGCAGAACAAGUCAUAGAUUCCUUCCGCAUCCUUGCUGGAGACAAGCCUUACAUAACAGCUGAGGAGCUGAGGAGGGAGCUGCCUCCUGACCAGGCAGAGUACUGCAUCCAGCGAAUGCCCCCUUACAAGGGUCCAGGGGCCCCAGCCAGUGCUCUUGAUUACAGGUCCUUUUCAACUGCUCUCUAUGGAGAGUCUGACCUGAUUGAAGAAGCCUGUCUUGAUGGCAACCUCCUCUCCCAUCCAGAAUCCUCGGAAAACUUGCCCAUAUCCACCAUGUCCAAUCACUUCUUCCAACUGCAAGUCCUUGUACUUGAUUUCAUUCAGCUGGAUUUCAUGUACAUACUCCUGAGAAUUCACAGAAUUAUCAAAACCAAGUGGUUCAACAAAGUUGGCAGGGAAGAUGCCAACUUUAUCACCAAGCUUUCCAGUCCACCAUCCUUCGUCACCCGAAAUCCGAGAGUCUUCAGAGAGAACCUCAAUGAUAUCCCCUGUUCGCAGGAAUCAGAGGGAUCAUAUCAUGAAGCAAGAGAUCCUAUUGCAUGUUUCAAGAACUGCUUCUUUUCUAUCCAUCUAGACUUCAAGCUAUUAAAGCUAAAGGCAGACAACAGUGAGUUGGAGGCUAUAGAAAUGCAUGAGCUUAAAAGAGAUUGUGAACCAUGUAUUGAGGAGCCCAGUCAAGGCAAAGGUCUACAGAAGAAAGAUUUGGAGGAGGUGGAUGGAGCAUUGUCUAACAGGAAAGAUAUAGCAGAAACAAUGAAAGAAGAAAAUAGGAGAGUUCAAGGGGCAUCUUCUGAAGGAGGGAAGACAUCUCGGCAGACAAUUGAUCUAAAGGUUGAUGUUCAUCACUUUGAGAAGGAAACAACUCCAGCUGCUGAACCUGCUGAAGUGGAAGAGGUGGUGGAUAUUUCUUACAAAUCUAAGACUGUUCAACAUGAAGGAAUGGGUACUUCAGCAAGUGCCAUCAGUAACAAUGUGCCAGAUGCAGAGUCCAAGGAGAGGCACUCUCAGGAUUCUAUGGAUGAUUCCUCUGCUGGGGCCCCCAAGCCUUUGCCAGCAGGUGCUGCUCGUCGAUAUGCAAACCUUUCUAAUCUUGCACGAUCGUUCCCAAGCAAUGAAUAUUCCAGUAUGGGGAUGCAGGAGUCCUUUCAGCUAGGUUAUUAUAUGGAGAAUGGCAGUGGGGAUAAGAAGAGAUGGGAGUCAGGUGGUGCAGUUCGGAGGACUCAAAGUGCUCUCGAGACUUGCCAGCCAGCAAAUACACAAUCAACUAAACAGUCAGUUCCCCCAUCCCAUCCAGUCAGUCUGGACUGGCUAAGCCUUGUGGCUGCCUCACCUCAUAGUCCUUCUCAGGAUAUUGUCAUACCCAACACUAGUGGAGAUAUUUCUCCUAUAGUAGAAGGCAGUGAGGAAUGUGCAUUGGCACCAGCAGUAGACAUACAUGCAGGUAGAACUUUGCAGCUCUCUGAUUACAAGGGAGCAGAAGAGCACUUCCACACUCCCAAGGGAAGCCAAUCACCUCUGCUGAGUGGAAAGAGUUGGGCUGCAAGAAAAGUGCCCCCACCUAAACCUCCACGACGCCAGAGCACAGGCAUCAGUGAUACAACCUCACGGCUCACAAGUUUCUACAGCAAUAGAAAUCUGGUUGGGAGGGCAAGCAGUGAUACUCCCUUAAGACGAUCUGACUCAGAAGGAACGCUCUGGAAGAUAGUGUCUUCAAGACAGGAAUGUCCAAAGCAUCCUUCUCUUCAUUCAUCAUAUAUUCUUCCACCUCCACCUCCUAUUCCAGGUCCCACAAGCAGGUUUCAUGCAGGACAAGAAGAUGGGGAGAGCAUGAGGAAUCGCAGAGCAGAAUAUGAGAGGCUGGAGAUGCUCAGUCUGCCUUCUCAGGGCCAACAUACUGGGCGCCGAGAGAGGAAUAUUCCCAGGAGAACACAAAGUGAUGAUCGUGAUCGAUCAUAUGAAGGAAGUAGACAGAGAACCAGAGGCAGUCGCUCUCAUUCCAUCAAGGAACCAAUAGAACUCCCAUCGUCAUCUAGCCGCAGCACCAUUAGAGAGGAAUCUGAGGAUUCAGGAUUCGGUGAGAAGAGAGAGGGAGCAAUGGAUGGAAUUGAUCAUUCACAAAAUGACACCACAAUUCGAGGGGUGACGGUAAGGCGAAUGGGUGCAAGGAGACGUAGACAGAGGAAUACCCGCCGCCCAUCACGUGCUGAUUCAUCAGAGAGUGAGCAGGUGCAGCAGCCAUUUUUUGGAAAUGCAGCCUUAUCUGCCAUUGCACCUCUCCUCACUCUUCCUGGUCGCCAUUUGGCUCGUUCCCAUGAUGACACAUCAGAGGGAGCUGUUCAUUGCUUUCAAGAUGAAUUUGGCAACUGGAUGGCCUACACAUUCAAUGAAGGAGAAUCUGGAAUUGCCAUUCCAUCUGACACAAGUCUGGUCUUUCUUCCUCGCCAUUCAUCAAUGCGUUCAGAGUUGGGCAGCAAUUCCUCAUUGUCAUCAAUCAGAGUUCCACCUGAUCCUUCUUCAGUACUCUUCCAGCCACCAAGAAGGCAAAGCAAUCGAACUGUAGCAAGACAUCAGCUGCCGAGUACUAUGAAUAAUGACUCAUCAAAUCUUUGGUCUGGUGGUCAAGGGAGUGAAGAAACAGCAACAGCAAGUCGGUCGACAAUGAGCAGCCUCUUCAGUCGGGUACCUUUUCACAUGCUUCACACACCAUUCUUGGAUCGCACCCGACAGACAGCACCAAGUGAUCCCAUUACAGCUGGUGAACUGCGUCUCUUGCGCCACACAUGGUCACAUCAGAACUACACCAGUUCACCUUUGGCUGCAGUUAGACUCACUUUCUCCAGUUCAAGCUUCCCUCUUCCUGAGGAAUUGCCUCCAAAGCCAAACCAAUACUACAAAUUUCAUUUGGUUCCAAAGAAGAGUAUCAAGGUUCAUUUUGAUCGUCUUGCACUUCUUGCAUGUUUGGAUCGAAAUCUGACAGUUUUGGAGAACAUGGCAAGUGUGUUUCUUGCAUCUACUGUAGCCAUUCUUGGGUCAAUCCUCCUUGACCUUGGAUAUUUCCAAGAUCUCAGCAUCUUCUUCUUUUGCUUUGUCAUGGCUGGUUGUCAGUAUUCUCUGUUGAAGAGCGUCCAACCAGAUGCAGCCUCGCCGACCCAUGGAUACAACCGCAUUGUUCUGUUCAGCCGUUCUGUCUAUUUUUGCAUAUGUGCCUUUGUGAUCCUUCUCCUUCAUUAUGAAAUUCAGUCAAAGGAGAAACAAGACACACAACCUUCCCCCCUUACCCUCUAUGGCUUUCAGUUGUCAUCUGUGAAUGUAUUGAGAGCAGCUCAGAAUGUGAUGUUAGUUUUCAUUCAACUCUUCCCUGUCAUCUUUAGUGUUGGGCUUUUACCUCAAGUGAACACAUUUGCUACUUACCUGUUGGAGCAGAUUGACAUACAUGCCUUUGGAGGCACAGCUGUUACAGGGCUUGUGUCUGGGAUCUACUGCCUUUUUAGGAGCAUCCUGGCUGUAUUCAUUUUGUUUGGCUUUGCAUAUGCUGGGCUAAGGGAAGCUCUGUCUUCCCAGCAUUUCAUUUUCUCCAUUUACAGUGGAUUGGUAGUCUCCCUCAGCUAUUUUCUGAGCCGUUGCUCGAGUGAUCCAACCGUGGUGGUCAGAAUAAUCAAGAGAUGGAUAUCUACUGAAUUUGGGCAUGGUCAAGAGUCUCACCCUAUCACAGAUGAUCACAUGGAUCCUCUACCACAGAAAUUGGAGGCCACAGUGCUUUCACGAAUGAAGUCUGAUGCCAUUAUUUCAAUCCUUGGGGCAGUUCUUGUUUUUGCCAUCCACUGUAGCACAGUUUUCACUGCUGCACAACCAGGUUUCAAUGAUGUUCUUUGGAUUGUUGCUGCCAUCACUGGUUUUAUCAUUCACUAUCUCUUCUCACAACUGCGGAAGCAAAUGCCUUGGCUUUGCUUCUCAGAACCUAUCCUCAAGAGUUUUGAACAUGACUCAUGGGAAGUGAGACGCUCUGCCAGGGUCAUGUGGUUUGAGAAGUUGUUUGUGUAUCUUAGUGUGUUUGAAAAGUAUGUGCUCCUCCCACUAGUGAUUGUGGGUGCUCUGACAACUGAUGCACCAAUGAUUGUGAAUAAGUUUGGUCUCUAUGGAGGCUCUGUUGUUGUUGUGAUUGCAAGUCUGAAACUGCUGAGGACAUGCUUUUGUGAUGACUCCCGCAUCUACAUGGUCCUGGUGCUCACAGCGCUUGCAUUCCGAGUAGACUUCCCUGGCUGGUCUGAGACCUUCCUGCUUGAUUUCUACUUCAUGACCAUCAUUUUUCAGAAACUGUAUGAGUUUUACCUGAAGAUGAAGUUUGUCAUCACAUACAUUGCCCCAUGGCAGAUCACCUGGGGCUCUGCAUUCCAUGCAUUUGCUCAGCCUUUCAGUGUCCCACAUUCAGCCAUGCUUUUUGUCCAAGGGCUUGCUUCCUCCAUUGUUUCUGCACCUCUUCAGCCUUUUCUAGGCAGUGCAAUCUUCUGGACAUCACAUGUUCGUCCGAUAAAGUUUUGGGAACGGGACUAUAAUACAAAGCGUGUGGAUCAUUCCAACACAAGACUGGCCAGCCAUGUCCAGAGGAACCUUGGUGAGGAUGACAACAACCUGAACUCCAUCUUCUAUGAACACCUUACCCGAUCUAUGCAGCAUUCUCUGUGUGGGGACUUGAUGCUGGGACGAUGGGGGAUUGUAUCUCAAGGAGAUGUCUUUGUGCUCACUUCUCCCAGUGAUAACCUCAACUGUCUUGUGCAUAUCAUUGAAUAUGGCAAUGGUCUGGUCACAUUCCAAGUCAGGGGUUUGGAGUUUCGAGGCACCUACUGCCAGCAGCGAGAGGUUGAAGCCAUUGUGGAAGGUGUUGAAGAGGAUGAUGGCUGUUGCUGUUGUGAGCCAGGACAUUUGGCUGGAGUGUUGAGCGUGAAUGCUGCAUUUGGUCAGAGGUGGCUAGCAUGGGAAGUGACUCACACCCGUUUUGUCCUUGAAGGCUACAGUAUAGCUGACAACAGUGCUGCUUCCAUGUUGCAAGCCUUUGAUCUGAGAAGUGUCCUUGUUACAUAUUAUGUGAAAAGCAUUAUCUUCUAUGCAAUGACAGCUGAGAAACUGGAGGCAUGGCUGUCAAACACUUUCAUCAAGGAGGCACUUGAAUUGAUGAAUGAGAAGUCCUUUGUUGACUUGGAUCCUGUGUUUCAUGUAAGCAUUGAUCAAGAUUAUGAUCUGAGAUGUGGAGGAGUGACAAGGAGUGCCUUCUGCAAUAUUUAUUAUUCUUGGAUAGAACACUGUGCCAAGCAAUUAGAUACACCCUUGCCAUGUUCAAAGGACUCCUUUGUGGUGACUCUGUGCUUUGCACUCAGCCUUCUGGGUCGACGCACUCUGGUCCAGAACAAUGCUGCUGCUGGCGUGGAUCUGUUCCUUCAUGGCCUGCACAAUUUGUUCAAAGGAGUCUUUGAUACUGCUUCUGCUCGAGAUGAAUGGAUCUACACUGACAUGGAACUGGUGAAGAAGGUCAUCAUUCCUGCAGCUCGAAUGCAUGUGCAAGAUGAUGGGACAGAUGAGUACAAGAUAAUCAUGCUCAACCGCCGACACCUUGGCUUCCGGGUCAUCAAGGUCAACCGAGAGUGUGUUCGAGGGCUCUGGGCAGGGCAACAGCAAGAACUAGUUUACCUUCGAAAUCGCAAUCCUGAGAGAGGCUCCAUUCAGAAUGCCAAACAGGCACUGAGGAACAUGAUCAACUCAUCAUGUGAUCAGCCAAUAGGAUAUCCCAUCUAUGUGAGCCCACUGACAACAUCAUAUGCUGAGACCAAUGAGCAGCUUUGCUCUGUUGUUGGCAGUUACAUCAGUGUUUCAGCCUGCAAGGCAGUCAUCAUCCAAGCCUGGAGACGACUUCGUAGACGGUGUGGAGAGAGCUGUUCCAGUGGAGGGACAAUGCCUCAAGAUAAUCCUGGGUUUGGACAAGAAGGAACGUAUUCCUCUCGUCCUCCACAGCAUCGACCUCCUCCUCCACCAAUGUACUGUAUCCAGUCGAUACCAAUGACAACAUUUUCAGUCAAUGAUGGAAGUUCUGUACUUAGAAGCAGUGGAUCAGCCUCUCUUCCGGUUGACCUGACAUCAAGUCGAAUCCCUAUGGCAAGUGGGGGAAGACGUAAUUCUGGACUCCAACCAUCAAUUCCUCUCUCCAGUAGCUUGAGCACCAGCAUCAGUCAUCGAAACAAAAGCCUGGUUGGAUUAACAGGGUUCAUUGCAGAGGCAACUCCAAAGGAUACUCAACCCUACAUGAUGUUUCUUAACAGAAACACCAGCAUUAUGACUGGUACUUCUGGCACAAUUGCAAUCACAGAGGGAAAGGACACCUUGCUCCCUCUGCACAUUCCAUCUCAUGUCAGGAUCAUUGAUGCAAACCAGGUGUAUGAUGCAAUCAACCUUAAUCGUCGGAUUGAUGUUGUGUGGCCGGAUGAAACCAUGAGGCAACGUGGUGGUCGCAGUCAGUGGAGAGACUGGGUUCCAGUUGAGGGAAUGGAAGGCCCUGUGGUUCAUUUUUGGGUUCCACGUCAUCGAGAGCCUGCACAUCGCUCUCAUGUUGAUCGCACCAUCCUCCUGGUCCAGAUUGGAGAUCGUUUUGUACCAAUUGCUGAAUCUGGAGUUCAGGAAAUUUCUGCAGGGGAAGAAGGAACAUUCUACUUGCAGGGGAGGAAAGAGGAAGUCCCAGGUAGCACACUCUACUGGGAUACAGGUGGGAAAGAGGAGAAAGUCAAUGGAUUCUUAAAGUAUUUAAUGAUCAGGGUACAGAUGGAUGAUGAAGAUCUAGCAUUGGCUCUUCGGCUCCAAGCUGAAUUCAAUGCACAAGAAAAGAAAGAAAUGGCAAAGAAGCAGAAGGAACUGAGAAUGUCUGAGAAGCCACCAUCAUUGGGAGAUACUGUCUGGGAACUGAUUGAUCCCAACCCAGAUAUCCAUGCCUUGUUCCUCCAGUUCAAUGACCAGUUCUUCUGGGGCCAACUGAAUGGUGUGGAAGUGAAAUGGAGUCCUCAAAUGACACUGUGUGCAGGGCUCUGUGUGUAUGAAAGGAGAGCAGGUUAUUGCUCAGUUCGGCUGAGUCUUCCCCUUCUCAAGUUGAGGCCUCGAGUGGAUCUCAUCCAAACCCUUCUUCAUGAGAUGAUCCAUGCAUACCUGUUUGUGACCCAGAACAUUCGUGAUCAUGACAGUCAUGGUCCCAAUUUCCAUGAGCACAUGUAUCGCAUCAACAAGGAAACCAGUCUUAAUAUCACUGUCUAUCAUACAUUUCAUGAUGAGGUGAAUUACUACAGGCAGCAUUGGUGGAAAUGUGAUGGGCCAUGUCAGAAGAGGCCUCCUUAUUUUGGCAUAGUGCGUAGGGCCAUGAACCGAACACCUGGACCAAAUGAUUUAUGGUGGGCUGAACACCAACGUACCUGUGGGGGCAAGUUCAUCAAAAUUCAAGAACCUGAUCGUUCCCAGUCCAAAGCCAAGAAGAGAAAGACUAACCCUCUUGAGGGUUCUAAAGAUUCUAGGGGAAAGGAGGGAAACAUAAUCCCAUUCUUGCAUCCAAAUGAAUCUCACCAUCCAAGGAACCAAGCUGGUUUCACAGGAAAGAUUCACAAGGCUGUUGGAGGGGGCACAGCAGUCCAAGGUGGCAGGACUCAGGCCUCUGUCCUGGUUGGGAAUGACAAUAAAUGUCCAAAGAAGCCUCAGGCAGAAGUGAAUCAUCCUGCAGGAAAAGUCUUUGUCCCAUUCUCUGGUACAGGUCAUGUACUUGGAGGUGGGUCAGGGGAAGAAAAGAAGAUGAAGCAGCUGAAUUUGGAUGGGAUGCUAAGUUCUCCAAGGAAUCAGCAGUCUUCCUCUGCAGCCAAUAGAGAUGAAGCAACAUCUUCAACUUCCAAAACGGUUCAGUGCCCUGUGUGCAGUGAGGUGGUGCCAUCUUCCAUGGACAUCAAUCAGCAUUUGGAUGAUUGCCUGGACAAACAUGAAGCUGGAGAAAAUGGAAAGAAAGAGGGGGAGGAAAAUUCCGAAAUCCUUAUCUUGGAGUACCGGCAUCCUUGCCCUGUGUGCAUGGUAGUCUUCUCUAACUCAGAAAUGUCAGCUCAUAUCUCUGUUUGCCUCAACAAGAAGGUUCUUCCUGCCAUCUUGGAUGAUUUCGACUCAUAAUUACCAAGACUUGGCUGCAUCUCGAAAUUCCCAUGUUCUACCAUGGUUUUUAGAUGUAUCAAGCUAAGUGAUACUUUGUGGUCCU